AUACCACUUCGCUUCCACAGCGGAUCACCCUAUAAGUACGACAAGCGGUUAGAUCGUUGAUAUUAUAAUCAUAUACCAUAUAUAAACUUAUUACUAAUUUUAAUUUAUUAACGAGCGAAUUUCAAGGCCAUUAGCAUUGCUUACGAAAGCUUCAUCUUCACAGCCUUAUUCGUGUGGAUCAAUUUUAUUCCCAUUUCUGGUCUCUCGAAUCUAACAAACAAUCCGAGUAUCAUUUAUUAUUUCGGUUUCUAUCAUAGCGUUCUAACAUGAACUACUAUCCACGUAAUUCGCGCACCGCCGCUGAUGUACACCGGCGGGACUCUCACCGGAGCAGUCGCCUAGAUGAUGUACUCUACGGUGAUUACUCGGCCAGCCGGCAAAGAAAGCAGGUUGCAUCUGUGCCUCGUAUCCCUCCGAGAUACUCGCCGGGUACACGAAUAAGAGGUGAUGAUACCAGAAAAACUACGGGGUUACUUCCGAUGCCUCAAAUAGACGCUGUCUGGAUACCUAAUAUGUCUAAAAAUAUCACCGUUGAUAUGGGGCUUGGCAUAACCAAGGACAUCGACCUGGAACUUGAGGAACUUAGCCGACUAAGGAGAAUUGGAGAUUUCGCUACUGCACGGAAGUUUUUCAAGGAAAACUUCCCGGACCGGGUAGAUGACCCUUACUUCUUUGUGUUAAAUGCACAGAUGCUACUCGAAAUGGGAGACUUCCGAUCCUUUGAUACACUAAGGCCCACCCAGGUGUUUGGAGAUAUGGAAAAUGAAGGGGUGCAAAAGAAUCAGGAUUUGCUACGAGAGAGCUGGAAUCUGCUUAUACUUCUGGCUAUGCUUCCAGGAAGAGAUUGCACGCAGCAAGCGGUGAAUGAAAUUGACAAAGCCCUGGCUCUUCUUGAAGCCCGAGUGGACUUGGGUUCCAUCGAGAUUAAGAUACAAAUACUCGCCUCGAUACUUCGUUUGCUUGGAUACAUAACUCACUCGUUGGGAUUCCAAUCUUCGCAACUAAGGGAUGUUGGAAAUGCGGCUCGGCAAUGGACUGACUGGGCCAGCGUGUAUCAUCAUCUUGCUUCAGAAGGGCGAGUUUGGGACUUUAGGGAUUUAUUCACUACAUUUAAACUGGCAUUCGGACGGGACGGCGCUUUCGAUGCUUUCUUCAACACUUGGUCUCUUGAUGAGGUUAUGGACACACUUGAUUCUGACUGGGAAACGGUGAACUAUGACAAAUCGACAAAUCUCGCUCUUUUAGAUAUUUUGGGCUUCUUAAUCCUGGAGAGCGACUUCGAGACUACUCCGCUGAAAUAUUACAAGACUUGUCUUGAACAUGGAGAAAAGCUUGCCGAGUCUUUAAUGGACGAGGAUCCUGAGACCGCAAAGAGCGGCCCGUUUGCGAGGUGGCUUGUGGCAAAGGCAGCGGUUCUUAGCUGCGACGUCCACGGUAACCCAUUUUCGUCCUUUCGAUUCCUCGAUUCAUAUCCUGGAAUGCAAAUUCGACAGGGCGACGGGGUUCACAUCCCAAUAUAUGUCCCGCUCCGCUCCGAGAGACCUACCUGGAAAGCCCCAGAAGCGCCACCAGAGUGGAAGGAGGCAGUUCAUAUGGCUUUGGGCAUCGCCAAGAACUUAGGAGACUAUGAGACUCAGAGUCUUUGCCUAAAGCAUUUGAUCAUUCGGUCCCAAGAGCCACAUAUGCUUCUUGGCGAACUUUCUGACUUGCAGAACUCAAUCCAAGAUGAUCAAGACAGCUAUCUACGAACAUGUUUAUCGAAAUUUCUCAUACUUUCAGAUGCUGCCUCUCAACGAGGCCUCGCAGAGGAUCUGUUUAGAUUUGGACAAGAUAAAACCAUUAUUAACCAGGCUCUACCUAUCGAACACCACAAUGUGUCUCUCCAGUGGGCGCGGAGUGUUAUACUGCCAACCUUGCCCGGCACUAUAGGCGGAACUGUUACGAUAGACAAGUCAGGAUCGUUCUACGCCCACCUGCCGACUUAUAUCCGGCACUUUAUCAGCACUCGGGAAACAUUUCAUACCCAGUCCGAGCCAACCAAUUCUUUUCCAACCAGGGGCACAAAAUUGAGACAGUGGCCUAUUGGCAACAUAGCUAAUAAGGAGAUCGAACGUAGUACCCGCUUGGUCCCGGAGUCUGAAGCCUUGGUAAAGCCCAGAGUACAGACUCUGGCAAGCGAUAAAGGUGGCGAUGGGCUGCGAGUGCACAUCAGAUCUCGAUAUGGCGAUGAUAGGCAACGCGAGAUCGAUAGGCAGAACGAAAAGAUUUCCAAGCGGUCAUCUUCGGCACGUACUUUUGACGUGGUGCAAACAGGAAACGAGACAGUUCAAACCCUAAAGACUGAGCCAGCACAGCGGGAGGUACCCCGAGGAGGAACUGCUAAAAAAGCCAAACCCUUUCAGACUCAUGGUCUGAAUGCAACUACUAAUGAAGCGUCCAUGACAGUCGAGGAGAUACCAGAAGAUCAUGGGGCUGAACCUCAAGCAGACAAACAGGGGUCGCCGCACCCUAUACCCCCCAAAGGUGAUGAGGAACCUCUCAUCGACUUUGGAGAUUAAUAAGUGGAGAUAGGCUCAUGAAGCAUUACGUACCUAAUACAACCAAUCUUAGGACUUUUUUGACGAGUCUUUGCGCCUCCAUAGGUGCUGCUAGGCUGUUUGGGGGAAAUGCCAAUGCUGGUCCAGCACCAGCAGCUGCAGCAGAUCGACGCGGCCCGACCGAUCAGCGGACGGGAUCCAAAUUAGAAGGAUGUGGCCUUGAAUAGGUAUUUAUGGCGACAGAGGUAGUGUGCUAAGAGAAGGGGA